AUGGUCAGCCGUGAGCCCGUGCCUGGCCCGGCCCCCGCCGGCGAGGGCAGCCAGGAGAAAGCCAUGACGGUGCGCUCGGUGCUGCUCAACCGCGACUCGCCCGACAUCGAGAGCCGCCUCAAGCGCCGGCGCAACCGCACGCAGCAGGUCCGCUUCAAGGACCUGGUGGAGGGCGGCUCAGGGCAGGCGGGCAGCCCCCCGCCCGGGCCCGCGGCCACCCCCGGCCCCAACACCCCACGUGCCUCGCCGCCCCCCAGGGAUGCCCCUGAGCCGGCGGCUCUCCGUGCCUCGCGGCGCAGCUGGCCCCAGGCACAGCCGGGCUCGCUGACGCUGCCCAUGCCCAGGAAGGCGUGCAUGAGCACGGCCAUCCAGACCUCCCCCAGCCUCCAGAAGCCCUUCCCAGCUCCCCAGCCCCGCAGCAGGAGCGUCUGCGAUGUGGCAGGGGAUGCGGUACUGCCCACUGUGGCGAGUGCCCGGUGCCCUGGGGUGGCCGUACCCACCACGACCAGCUGGGCUGUGCCCCCGCGGGCCCCUGGCAACCUCCCCACACAUGACCGCACCGUGGCUCUCGCCCAGCACGCCACGGUGUGCCCCCUACCACUGCCACCGCCCAGGGACCCCCCUCCCCCUUACCGCGGCACAGCCGGGUGCCCCGCUGCCCGCUGCGCCCCUGAGCCCUGCCCGCCGCCCCCCGCCUGUGCCCAGCUCCGCGGGAGCCCACGAGGUGGCCACGGGGUCACCCCACGCCCGGCCUCCGUACCCUGUGGCCAGCCCCGACCUCCCGCUGAGCAGCGGGGGCUUGGCCGGAGCGACUCAGAGCGGACCCUGCCCUGCGGCCGCCCACCACCCCAGCCCUCCCCGCACCGCCGGCAGCCCGGCCCCGCCACGGACACCCAUGGCCUCCGCCAGCCACCUCAGGGCAACCCCCCCCGGGACCCCCCUCCACCCCACCACCAGCUCUGCGGCUCGCCAUGGGGGGGGCCCUGCUGCGCCUCGCCAGCCCCCAUCCCACCAGUGCCGGGCUGGCACAGCUCUGCUGCCGCCGCUGCACCGGAGAAGACACCAGCUGUGCUCAGCACCUGCAGCCGGCUCCACGCUGCUGAGCCCGGGCAUGGCCGGGCAGGACCCGAGGGACACAGGGAGCUGCUGCCCCCAGUCCCACAGGGCCCCAGCACGGGGACACAAACAGCAGGGUGGGCACCAGAGCCCCCCCAGCACGGGCAGCCCUGCCUCGCUGCUGAGCAACCGGAGACACUGCACCAUGUCCAGGACCUACUGCAGCUGGUGGUGGUGGCCAAGGGACCGGUGGGACCACCAGCGAGGGACGAGGAUGCCCAGACAACUCAGGGAGAGGGCCCCUGGCGGCCCGGGGAGCAGGGAGACCUGCAUUCCCAGCUGCAGUCCCUGGAAGGGGUGCUGGAGACCAGCCAACAAACCAUCAGGGUGCUGCUGGACGUCAUCCAGGACUUGGAGAAGAAGGAGGCGCAGCGGGACGGGCGACACUCGUACCGGACCGGGCAGGACAUCGCCAACUGUGGGACCUGCCGGGACUGUGCCUGUAUCAUCUACAGCGUGGAGCACGAUUUCCGGCAGCAGGAGGGCCGCUUCCAGCGGGUGCUGAGCCACAUCGAGGGCGACGCCGGGCCGAGCCCCCCCCCGGCGGCCAUGGGGGCGGCGGGCAGCACCUCACCGCCCAGGCAGGAGCUGUCACCCGCGCCAAAGCUGCCGGUGAAGUUGGACAUGAAGAAAUCCCGGCGCAAAUGCUUCUGGUUCCUGUGACCGCGGUGCCCGGCGAGCCUGGAGCGCGGGGGCACCGUCCCAGCACUGACCCCCU